AUAGGUUUAUCGUCCCAAGGACCCGAUAAAAGGUAAAAGCAGAAAUUUACGAUUUGCCAAUUUUCGAAUCGAAAGUCGAGUCGAAGUUCGCCGGAUCUACAAUUCGGAUCGAAUGAUUCACGAUCAUGAAUACCUCGAUUAUCUUUUUACUGUUAACUUUAUUUCUUUGUGCGUGCUGCGAAGAACAAGUGAAAUACGAUUUGAACAACUAUCACAAUGUCCAGACUAAUUCGAGAGGCAUCAUCGAUGAAUUCACGUUAAAUUUUGUUAAUCAAUCGUACAAAACGAUAAACAACAUCUUUUGCUUUAUCGAUUCGAUUCUCUCCGAUGUAAAAACGAUAAGUCACUUGUUCGAACUCAAAAUGACAAAUCUUACACAAUCGUACUUCAAAAUCGAUUGUCCGAAACAAAAAUAUCGAAGAUCGAUAUUUGGCACAGAAGAAUCGAACUUGAUCCAACAUCCGAUGAAUUACUUGCUAUCGUCGAUUAGAUCGAUUACAAAUGUCGCUACCAAGCCAAUGUCCUGGACAACGAAUCAAGUAUUAAAUUUAAUAUAUAAGUUUAUGAUAAAUAUAACAAUUCCCUGGCUCUAUCGUUUUCUCAAUGAUAUCAAAAAAUUAAACAUUCUGCCCUCACGUUUGAACGAAUUAAUCGAAUUAUUUAACAAUAUUUAUUACCUUAUGAAACUUUUUGGUUACAUUAACUGAUUCUCCUAAUUUCUGAAUCUUUUUUUGCCAUUAUAUGUUCUGAAAUUUUUUGAACUUUUUCAUGAUAUUUUUCAAUAGAAAAAAGAGAAAAUGUAAUUUUGCUAAUAUAAUAAGAAGAUUAAAACUGAUAAAUCAAUAACUACAAACUAGUGUUUAAAUAGUUCUAAUAUUUUUAUUGAAAUAUAAAUAUUUAUAUAUCUUCCAUUUAUAUUAAUAACAAUAUUCAUUUUAUCACCUUUUUAUGAAACGAAUCUUAUAAUAAGUUCUUUGCCCGCACAUUCACUUUUCUUCAUUUCCUAUCUUUGUUACCUGUUUUAUUCAUCCGACUUACGAAAAUAUUUGUAAAAAGCAACGAGAGAAAUCAUCUCUAUAGUUCAAGAAAAUGCGGGUAUUACGUGUAAGUAUCUAAUCCAUGAUUGUUAUUAAAGUUGUUUGCAAAAGCGA